AUGUCAUUUGCCGUUUGGCUUGUGAUUUUUAUUUACAAAGGACAUGGUUCUGAUUAUUGUCUCAGUCCACCUGGAAAUAUUUUUCAUUUAAGAUUCAAUUCUGAAAUGCUUGUUCUUUGCGGAAGGGAAAAUAUUUUACGCGAAUGGUAUUCACUCGACACGAAACGUACCGAUAUCGACUAUUUUGCUACAUGGAAUUCGAAGAAAGGAAUCGUUGAAAUGGUUCAAAAAUCUCUUUACGAAAGAAGAAAUAAUUUACAAGGUUUGGCUAUGAAAUCUGUUGUUGUUAAGGAUUCCCUAUUCUUUCAUAUGCAAGAUGAUAAAUUCGGUGGUAUUUUUGGAAAUAUAUUUUGCGAACUUUGUGCAACAUUAAACUUCAGUUUAAAUAUCGUCUCAGAAGUAGAUGAGUACGGAAGUAGGAAUCUUAAUGAUAAUACUUGGUCUGGUGCAAUUGGUGAAAUAUAUUCCGGACGUGCUGAUAUUUCUCUUUCAGAAUUUUCUAUGACUAGUGCAAGAUUGAACGUUGUUGACUUUUCCUUUCCUAUUAUUAUAUCUAAAAACUCUUUUUUCCUUCGCGAACCAAAUAUUUUCGCUGUUAAAUGGUCAACGUAUUUUCAAACCUUUACUUAUCCCGUUUGGAUCACUAUAUUUUUAAUACUAAUAGCAGCAUCGAUAUUAUUAAUUUUUCUGAAAAUGAAAAUAGGUACCGAUCGUGAUCUGAUACAUUUGGGAUCAGAUAUUUGUUUUGAAGUUUGGGGUAUUUUUUGUCAACAGGGUCUUGAAGAUUUUCCUAGAAGAACUUCAUUAAAAGUAGCAUACUAUACUAUGUUUCUUUUUGUUACCGUAUUAUCAGCAGCUUAUUCUGCGUCUUUGACAAGCUUUUUAACAUCUAACAUUCACGUGAAACCUUUCUCUUCAUUAGAGACUUUUGUUAAGGACGGUACUUAUAAAUAUUUCGUUUAUCGUGGUUCGAAUGAAUUUGAUUUAUUUGUGAAUUCGGAAAGUCCACUUAAGAAUAAAUUAAUGAAAUUAAAAUUUAAAAAAGACAAAUUACCAACUUCUUUAUUGGACGCAUUUAAUAUGAUUUGUGAAAAUCCAAAAUUGACGAUGUACAUUGACGAGAAAGCAAAAGAUCAAUUAUCAUCUAAAUUGCCAUGCGAUAUUAUUUCUGUUAAAGAAGGAGGUAUACAAAGUUUAUCCAUUAUUUUAUCCAAACAUAGUGCAUUCACUGGAAUCAUCAAUUUUUGGUUACAAAAAUUUUUCCAUAAUGGAAUGGUAAAUCGUUUGAAAGAUACGACGUAUAAGAAUAAACUCAAACGACCGGUGCAAGAACAUAUUCCAGUUUCCAUAUUCUUCGUAGUUUCAUUAAUUUCCUUCAUUCUAAUUAGUAUCGCUUUUAGUGUAUGCAUUCUAUUCAUAGAAAAGUAUGUUCAUUCUCGUAAAAUGAAGAAACAAUCAGUGGUUAAUUUUACGCGUCGAUUGAAUCAUCCGAAUAUUAUGAUGAACGAAAGGAAAGUUUAA